AGGCGAGUCUCGGCGGCGGCGACAGCGGCGACAGCGGCGACAGCGGCGACAGCGGCUCUCGGAAGCUCCGGACCUGCGGGCAGCAAACAUGGACACCUUCAGCACCAAGAACCUUGCCCUGCAGGCUCAAAAGAAACUCCUGAGCAAGAUGGCCUCCAAGACCAUGGCCAGCGUGUUCAUCGACGACACGAGCAGUGAGGUCCUGGAUGAGCUCUACAGGGUGACAAAGGAAUUCACCCGGAACCGUAAGGAGGCUCAAAAGAUCAUUAAGGACCUUAUCAAGGUCGUCAUGAAGCUGGGCAUCCUGUACCGCAACGGGCAGUUCAGCCCAGAGGAGCUGGCACUGAUGGAACGCUUUCGAAAGAAGGUCCACCACCUAGCCAUGACCGCGGUCAGCUUCUACCAGAUAGACUUCACGUUUGACCGUCGGGUCAUGGCCACGACCCUGCACGAGUGCCGAGACCUGCUGCACCAGGCGGUCAACACCCACCUGACCAGCAAGUCCCAUUCCCGCAUCAACCACGUCUUUAACCACUUUGCGGACUUUGACUUCCUGGCGGCCCUCUACGGACCCUCUGAGCCCUAUCGCUCCCACCUGCGACGGAUCUGUGAUGGGAUCAACAAAAUGCUGGAGGAAGACAGCAUAUGAUUUCAGAAACCAUUUGAAACACAGGGUCGACUAACCUGUUCCUGGCCUCAGAGGUGGGGGAGAUAUGCUUUUUAUUCCUCUUUCUUUUCUCCCAAUCUGAAUCUAGCCCCACCGACUCGAUCUUCUCCCAUUCCUUAUGGUAUGACGGGGGAUUUGCAUCCCACAGAAUUGUUUUACCAGCAAAUUUCACAGGCAUCGCCUCCACCUGUGUAGGAAGUGCUCUCAGGGAAUCAAGGAGCCCCAAAGCGGAGCUUUUUUGCUUCAAAGAGCAGUGCAUUGUACCAUGGAAAAUAUGGCACGGUGACUAGCAGCAGCUUGGCUUCAGGCAGUUGGCUGCAGAGCCCAGUGAAUGGCCCGUCCUGACUUGGUCUGAGCUCUCAUUCCUGGGGGUAGAUCAGAACUGCCCUGUGGUCUUGUGAGAUACAGCUGCAUUCAUCCCUCUGAAAGCCCAGUGUAUGCAGCCCAAGAGCUGGCCAGGGAAAACCUACCCCCCAGGAGCAGGCCUCCAUCCCACUCAAUGUUAACAGGACUCCGAGGUUGUUUUAUGCAAAGCUAGUUCUGAGAAUCAUUCUGCUGAAUUCAGAAUACCCUGUUUGCAAGGCCUGCAGAAGGUACAGGAAGGUUGUGGUUUUGUUUUUUGGGUUUGUUUUUUUUAAGGAUUUAAAGGUUUGUAAGAACCAGAUCUGUUUAUGAUAUAUUCUUAGGCUAAAGAGACAGCUUGCAGAGAGAGGAAGAUAGAAACUACUGUUGAGGAGAGAUUGAGGGUUCAUCUUCCAUGUCCCUUUUUUUAACUCAAAGGCAUAUAGUUGUUUGUUCUGUGAUAUUUUUCCACUGUGGCUGGGACUCCCUUUCCACAUGUGGCAAAAAGCCAUGGCCAUCCCCCUCCUCAUCUAUGAGAUGCAAGUGAAUCUUCCAGACUGUAGAUCCUCAUUUCCAAUGAGAUCAGAGAUGCAGCUUCAGACCAAAUGACAAAUGGGCACUUUGUUAUCCUAAGAAGAACCAAGAGUUCCCCAAUGACAAUUCUCUCUUCAGUUCCUCCAACUGAUUCUAGCAAUAUAAUUGUUUGUGUUUUGUUUCUUGGUUAUUCUCCAGUCUGUCCUUAAUAUUUCAUGGGUUUGGGAUUUAAAAGUUUUUUUAAGACAACUGAUACUACUGAGCUAUUUAAAUAAAGUCACAUACCUUCUACUUGAA